AAGAUCUUCCAUCUCAUGAACUUCCUCGUCAACGCUCUACGCGCCCUCGUCUUUGGAUUUCACACCCAAGUCUUCCUCCUCCAUCCCAAGGUGUUGAUUUUGGUUCUCUUGGACCUUCCUGGCAUCCUAUUUUUCUCUACUUAUACACUUCUGGUCCUUUUCUGGGCUGAGAUUUAUCGUCAGGCAAGGAGUUUGUCCACUGAUAAUUUCAGGCUUGUUUAUAUCUCUAUCAAUGCUGCCGUCUAUUUCAUCCAGGUUUGUAUUUGGCUGUACCUCUGGAUAGAUCACAAUAGUGUUAUUGAGCUCGUUGGAAAUAUAUUCAUUGCAGCUGUGUCAUUUAUGGCUGCAUUAGGGUUCCUUAUAUAUGGAGGAAGGUGA